AUGUCCGUGGUGUCGGCCCCAUUCAGCAGGGCUCUGGGCGACCGGGGCGACGCCGGAGAGACGGGGCGCCAGGGGGUCCCAGGGGCCGCGGGCCCCCCCGGGGAGAAAGGGGCGUCAGGCGCCUCAGACAUCAUCGACUUCAACGGGAAGCUGCUGGACGCCUUCCAGGGUCCGCCCGGUCCCCCCGGCCCGCCAGGCUUCCAGGGAGAAAAGGGCGAGCUGGGCCUACCCGGGCCUUCGGGGUUGGACGGAGAGAAGGGCCCAGCAGGAGACGUAGGGGCGACAGGACCGGCUGGAGACAGAGGGGAGAAGGGAGAGAUGGGGCUGUCUGGUCCCGCUGGUAUGGACGGACGGAAAGGAGAGAAAGGGGAUAGCAGACUUGAAGAUAACCUGGUCCCGAUGAUGGCCCAGCCCGGCCCUCCAGGACCGCCCGGCCCCCCGGGGUACAUGGGACACCAUGGAAUGCCUGGUCCCAAGGGUGAACCUGGAGAGGCGAUCAGAGGAGAGAAGGGCGUGGGUGGAGCACCUGGACUGAGUGGGUUGGAUGGCCUCCCGGGUCCGUCUGGGCCGGCAGGAUUAGUGGGGCUCCCAGGUGCCAAGGGAGAAAAGGGGAAGUUAGGAGAGCCCGGAAUGGAUGGUUUUCCAGGUCUGCCGGGAGGAAAAGGCGAUCGGGGCGAUAGAGGAGACAAGGGGGACCGGGGGACAGUGGGGAAGCGAGGGCUGAAGGGGCCUAAGGGCGAGCAGGGCCCCCCGGGACUGGACCAGCCCUGUCCUGUGGGUUGUAACGGACCCAAAGGCCUCUCAGAUGGGGCCGCUCUCUCUGAUCCUUCCCCUCCUCUUCCUCCUACGGCCCCGGGCGCCCCGGGGGGCCCUGUCCUGUGGGCCAAGAUGGACUACCAAUACAAGGUUGCUGGCACAAGUGAUAACUAACCAGCAGCAUGGCCUCUGUACAUAUUGAUAUGGUAUAUAUUGAAUACUACAGCAAACGCCCCCUCGUCAUCGUUUUUUAAAGCCUUUUUAUAUAAUAUAUAGAGAUUUCUAACAUGGACCUUUUUGUGGCUCGACGGAUGUUAAUGACUUUUGCCCAAGUCAUGAGUUCUUCAGAUGAAGUUUUUGAGAUCCAGCAGUGCUGGCAAUCCCGCCGAGACAUGAACGAGAGGCGACAGAGGACUCCACACACAGAAGGACUUUGUCUGUGCAAAGCAAGGACAGACUGGGGAUCCAGCGGCCUUACUAACACUCUGGGGAAUCUCACCCCCGGCCUGGCCUGAUUGGGAAUGCUGCAUGGCAGUGACAAUGUGGGCUCCCUUAGCCUCACAGAUAACCAUUGGGUUGGAUGGACAGAUUCCCCUAGUGUGGUUUAUAGAAGAAUGUCUGGAUCAGUACUCUCCACCUUCUCUCUCUCUCUCUCUCUCUCUCUCUCUCUCUCUCUCUCUCUCUCUCUCUCUCUCUCUCUCUCUCUCUCUCUCUCUCUCUCUCUCUCUCUCUCUCUCUCUCUCUCUCUCUCUCUCUCUCGUUCUCGCUCUUCUUUCUGAAAGGAGGAGAUGGCAAGGCAGAAGCUUAAACGCAAGCGUCUCUCUCAGCCCUGAACAGGAGAGAGGGUUCCUAGGGGGGACAGGAAGGAGACGUAGAUGGACAAGAGAGCAUAUGGGACUACACUGCCCUCUGGGAAGCAGAGAAAACCAUGGAAGGCCUUUUGUGGCACACGCAACACUCAGAUCCGCUGUGACAGACAUUCACCAGGAGGGGGUGCCAGAAUACACGCCAUAUCCGCAUUCAUCGUAGGAGGGCGCCAGCACCCAUGUCUGUUACG